AGUUGGCACAGGCGGGGAGCGCUUGGGUCAGCCGCCCUCUUGCCAGGAGGUUGGCCAACAGCGGGUGUUUUCUUUGUUCGUCCACGUCCAGCUGGCGUGGGUGCCCUUUUUAUUUCUUUGGACCGCUGAAUAAUAAUGGGGCUUGUUAAAUGUACUCGCACUUCCAUGAGCGGGAAGGCAAGAGCCUCUUGGGGGGCAGCAGCGCCCCCCACCAGCCCCCGGACUGGCUGGCUACCUUGGAUUCCCGGCUGCGCAGCCAGGAGGAGGAGCUGACCCUGGUGAAGGCGGCCUUGGCAGACGCCCUGCGGAGACUCAGCCUCUACGACCAGCAGAUUCCUCUCCUGAAGCAGCAGCUGCUGGGAGCCAACGCCAGCGUUCCAGAGGCCAGGGGGAUCACGGGCAAUGGCGCCCUCUGGACCCUUCCUCCUCCCCUCGCCAGCAAUUCCAGUCCACCCACCGCCCCGCCAUCGGGAGGCCGUGAGGAGCCCGAGGCCCCACUGGCGAGGCCCCAGAGGGCCCGGGCCAGCGUGGGGACCCAGACCGAGGCGCCCCCCGUGCUGGCGUCGAAACGGAGCCCCCGGCUGAGCAAUGGGGAGCUGGAGCAGGCCGAGGAGGGGCCCCCGGCUCUCAGGGGAGCGUCUGGCCCUGGGGAGCCCAACUGCGGGGGGGCCCCAGCGAGCAGAGGCUGCCCAGAACUCCUCCGGCACCCGUUGGCGGAGGGAGGGGAGCCGGGCUCCGCCUCGGAGGCGCAGGGCGCUCAGGAGGGCCCUCUUCCUGGGGCUGGAGAGAUGGGGGAGCCUCCCCCGGAAGACGGGGCCCGGGCGGGGCAGGGCCAGCCCUUGGAGACGCCCUCCCCUGAGCCGCCGUGGGAAGGGAGCAGCAACAGCAGCGCCCCUGCCUCUCCAGUGCCAGCCGCCCAGGCCUUGAUGGCCAGCCGCAAAGAGCUACUGCGGAGGAACAGCUCCUCCGACAAGCCCCCCAAGACCAAGCAGCGCCUCUCCAAGAAAGCCGCCUCCACCGCCAACAUCUUCAACCGCUCUAGCAGCCUCGAGAACCGGACCAAGGAGCCCACCCUGAGCCCAGGGCCAGGCAGCACGCGCCGUGGGACGUAUAACCAGGAAGGCGUUUCCACCAAGAUGUUCCUGCGCGGCAGGCCCAUCACCAUGUACAUCCCUUCCACUUUCUCCAACUACACAGAUCUGCGCAUGGAGCUGCCGGCUGAGAAGCUGCAGCUGGACUGGGUUUACGGCUACCGGGGGCGGGAUUGCCGCUCCAACCUCUACGUCUUGCUGUCGGGAGAGCUGGUCUACUUCAUCGCCUGCGUGGUCGUGCUCUACCACGUGCAGCAGCGCACCCAGCGCCACUACCUGCGCCACACGGACUGCGUGCGCUGCCUCGCCGUGCAUCCCGAUGGCGUCCGCGUGGCCUCGGGGCAGAUGGCUGGUGUGGACAAAGACGGAAAGCCUCUGCAGCCCUUUGUGCACAUCUGGGACUCCUCGACGCUUCUCACGCUGCAGCAGAUCGGGCUGGGCAGCUUUGAGAGAGGGGUGGGCUCCCUGGCCUUCUCCACGGCCGAUGAAGGCAUGUUCCUGUGCGUGGUGGACGAAUCCAACGAGCACAUGUUGUCCGUCUGGGACUGGUCCCGCGGUCUCAAGCAGGCCGAAGUCAAGAGCACCAACGAGUCUGUCCUGACGGUGGAGUUCAGCCCCCAAGACAGCAGCAACAUCAUCACCAGCGGGAAAUCUCACGUCUACUUCUGGACCUGGAGUGGAAACAGCCUCACCAAGAAGCAGGGCAUCUUUGGGAAAUACAAGAAGCCCAAGUUCAUCCAGUGCUUCGUCUUCGACACCAACGGAGACGUUCUCACCGGCGACUCGGAGGGCAACAUCCUGACCUGGGCCCGGGUGGCCGCUGACAUCCGCACUCUGGGCAAGGGGGCGAAAGAGACCUAUCAGAUCAGCAAGCAGACGCGGGCCCACGAAGGCAGCAUCUUCUCCCUCUGCCUCUGCCGGGACCGCUCAGUCCUCAGUGGGGGCGGCAAAGACCGGCGCCUGGCCCGGUGGUGUCCCGGCCUCAACCUGCUGCAGGAGGCGGAGAUCCCGGAGCAGUUUGGUGCUGUGCGCACCAUAGCGGAGAGCGACGGCGGGGAGCUCCUCGUGGGGACCACGCGCAACGCUCUUCUGCGGGGCACUUUCCUGGGGGGCUUCCAGCCGAUCAUCCAGGGGCACACGGACGAGCUCUGGGGGCUGGGCACGCACCCUUCGCGGGAUCUCUUUGUCACCUGUGGCUACGACAGGCAGCUCUGCAUGUGGGAUGGCGGGCAGCACACACUGGCUUGGAGCACCACGCUGGAGGAGACCGGGCUCUGUGCCGACUUCCAUCCCAGCGGGAAAGUGGUCACCGUGGGGCUCAGUUCCGGACGCUGGGUGGUGCUGGAUACGGAGACGCGGCAGGUUGUGUCCGGCUGCGUGGAUGGGAACGAGCAGCUGUCCGUGGUGCGCUAUUCACCAGAUGGGGAAUUCUUGGCUAUUGGGUCCCACGACAACUUCAUCUAUAUCUACAGCGUUGAGAGUGAGCACAAAUACACCCGUUUUGGCCGCUGCACGGGACACUCCAGUUUCAUCACCCAUCUGGACUGGUCCAAGGAUGGGAAGUUCAUCAUGUCCAAUUCAGGGGACUACGAAAUCCUAUACUGGGAUGUGGCAGGAGGCUGCCGGCUGCAGAGGAAUCGCUUUGAGAGCAAAGACCGCGAGUGGGCCUCGUACACCUGCGUCCUGGGCUUCCACGUCUUCGGAGUGUGGCCAGACGGGUCAGACGGAACCGACAUCAACGCCCUUUGCCGCUCCCACAACGAGCGGGUGGUGGCGGUGGCCGACGACUUCUGCAAGGUGCACCUCUUCCAGUACCCUUGCGCCAAGCCCAAGGCCCCGAGCCACCUCUACGGGGGACACGGCAGCCACGUCACCAACGUGCGCUUCACCCACGACGACGGCCACCUGGUCUCCAUGGGGGGCAAGGACGCCAGCAUCUUCCAGUGGCGCGUGGUGGGCGGCAGCCGCAGCCGCUCCCUCUCUUCCGCCUCCUCCCAGGAUGCCGGGGUCAGCACCUGAGGCCAAAGGCAAGCCCUGCGCACCAGCACAGUGGGGGGGGGGCACACUUUGGGGAGAGGGCCGGUGGCCUCUCCAACCCCUCCCCCCCCCGUUUCCUGGGGCUCGGUUCUCAGGCGGACGGACCCACAGCUGGGUGGAAGGC